AUGGACGUCGACUCGGUGUCACUGUCACCGUCCUCCAGACUUUCGGUGGUUUGUUCGGCUUCUGCCGAGUUCUCAUCGAGCUCGUCAGAUUCGUCGAACUUUUCAGAAGGAUCUCCUCCGGAAUCUAGAAGAAAUUCCGUAAAUGAAAGUGUAAUAAAAGAUGAACAUUAUUGGGAAAGGCGACGGAGGAAUAAUGAUGCAUCGCGAAGAAGUCGAGAAAAACGAAGACUGAAUGAUCAAGCAAUGGAAGAGAAGAUAAUGCAGCUGUCGGCUGAAAAUGAGAGAUUAAAGUCUCAAUUAGAAAAUAGACCAUCUUCUGUAAUAACAACAGCUGCUGCAACUCCCCAACCAACUGCAAUAGAACCUCCAACAGCAUUAAUCAUUCCGAAUGUUGCAAAAAAUUUGUUUCCAUCUGGACCUGUUGCUCCACUACAAGCAAGUUCAAUGCUAUCUGUUCCACUUCUUCAAACAGCUCCUCAUUUCCCAUCAAUGAUUCAAUUGUGCCAGUUGCAACCAACAACAAUUCAGUCACCAGUUUAUUCGAGCACUCAACCCGCUUCGACCUCAACAUCUUCUCUAUUUUCAUCGUCUUCCUCAUCUGCUUUUCAUCCAUUUCGUCCUUCAGAAGGUGUUCAACAAAGUUUUCCAACAAGUAGUGUUAUAAUGAAAGUGGAAAGGAGAAGUCCCGAUUCAUCGACUGAUAUUAAAUUACCUCAACCUCAGCUGCAACCAGGAACUAAUGUUAUUCAACAGAUUGGACAACCAGCUUCUUCUGCAUCUGUAAUCCAACAAGUGAAUCAACCUGCUCAACAACAAGGACCAUCACUCCUAUCGGCUCUUCUCUCUCAAAGAAGACCAUCACCUACAGUACCCCAAAGCCGUACUGAACACAUUUCUGGUCUGAACUCCCCUCCAAGACAUACUGGAAACAAGUCAGACUGUGAAAGUGUUUCCUCGUCUGCAUCGUUUUCUCCAUCGCAUUCAUCCGAAGAUCACUCGAAUUACUCGAAUAAAUCUCCCCAAUACGCGGAUCGACGCCGAAGAAAUAAUGAAGCCGCUAAGAGAUGUCGAGCUAAUCGAAGAGCAGUUUUUGAAUAUAGGUCUAGACGUGUUCAGCUUUUGGAAGGUGAAAACGAAGAAUUGCGUUCACAAAUCGAGAAUCUGAAAGCAGAAAUCGCUCAUUUCAAAUCAGUUUUGGCUCAAAGAGCAUCAGUUGUCACUUCAUUACGUCCGUGA